AUUCUUUGAAAUUGAUGACAUUUUCAUUUUAAUUUUCACUGGAAUCCUUAUUAUAUAGUAGAGCCCAACACCUCUCAUCUCUCUCUCUCUCUCUCAUCAAUUUUUUUCUAUAGUUUGCCAUCCUUGACCAACCCGAAAGCAGCAGUGCCAGUGGUGUUUGCUACUUAUAUCUCUGGGUUCUUGUAAUAAAGGGGUGUGGGAAAGAAAGCAUCUUUUUGUCAUUUCUGAGCUUUCUUUGCAUUUCAGUGUUGAUACACCAUGGCUCUAAACUUGAUGCCUCCCACUGAAAUCAAGACUCUGUCUUUCUUGGAUUGCUCCAAAUCGAAUUACAAUCUUAAUCCUCUCAAGUUUAAAGGUGGAUUUGCUUUCAAGAAGAAGGAUAGUAGAUGCACUGCUUCGAAGAGAGUCCAUUGCUCGGCACAGCCCCCUCCUCCUCCGGCUUGGCCCGGGCGGGCUGUUCCUGAGCCCGGUCGUGUGACUUGGGAGGGCCCGAAGCCUAUUUCGGUUAUUGGAUCCACUGGCUCCAUUGGAACUCAGACGCUCGACAUAGUUGCUGAAAAUCCAGAUAAAUUCAGAAUCGUCGCUCUUGCUGCUGGUUCAAAUGUCACCCUCCUUGCUGAUCAGGUGAGGGCUUUCAAACCAAAAUUAGUAUCGGUUAAAGACGAGUCAUUAGCUAGUGAGCUCAAAGAGGCUUUGGCUGAUGUCGAGGACAAGCCUGAAAUUAUUCCGGGAGAGCAAGGAAUGGUUGAGGUUGCACGACAUCCCGAUGCUGUUACCGUAGUCACGGGAAUCGUUGGAUGUGCUGGUUUGAAGCCGACAGUGGCUGCGAUAGAAGCUGGAAAAGACAUCGCUUUGGCCAAUAAAGAAACUCUGAUUGCUGGAGGGCCUUUUGUCCUUCCUCUUGCGAAGAAGCAUAACGUCAAGAUUCUUCCUGCAGAUUCCGAACACUCUGCUAUAUUCCAGUGUAUCCAAGGUUUGCCAGAAGGUGCUUUGAGGCGUAUUAUUUUGACUGCAUCCGGGGGUGCUUUUAGGGAUUUGCCGGUUGAGAAAUUGAAGGAAGUUAAAGUAGCAGAUGCUCUAAAGCAUCCUAACUGGAACAUGGGAAAGAAAAUCACAGUGGACUCUGCAACCCUCUUUAACAAAGGUCUAGAAGUUAUAGAAGCUCAUUAUUUGUUUGGGGCCGAAUAUGAUGAUAUCGAGAUCGUUAUCCAUCCUCAAUCCAUCAUACAUUCGAUGAUCGAAACACAGGAUUCAUCCGUGCUAGCGCAGUUGGGAUGGCCCGACAUGCGUCUGCCUAUUCUGUACACCUUAUCGUGGCCAGAGAGAAUCUACUGCUCCGAGAUUACAUGGCCUCGCCUCGACCUCUGCAAGGUCGACCUGACGUUCAAGAAGCCUGACAACACCAAAUACCCGUCGAUGGAUCUUGCUUAUGCUGCUGGACGGGCGGGAGGCACCAUGACCGGUGUUCUUAGUGCAGCCAACGAGAAAGCAGUUGAAAUGUUCAUCGACGAGAAAAUCAGUUACUUGGACAUAUUCAAGGUUGUGGAGCUGACAUGUGACAAGCAUCGAGCGGAGAUGGUGGCGUCGCCUUCGUUGGAGGAAAUCGUGCACUACGACCUGUGGGCGCGGGAGUAUGCGGCUGGCGUGCAGCGGUCGGCCGGUUUGAGUCCUGCUCUUGUAUGAGCAGAGGUUGAUGAGAAUGAUCUUCAACUGGAAAAACUUGUUCAUUUAUGAUGAAAAAGAAAAUGAAUCAUGCGACAUUAUGAAACAUGAAAUAGAUCAGAAGAGAGUCACAUGAUUUUGUGUUUUUUGAUACUCAUCAUCAAGUGUAAAUUUGAUAGCAAUGUUUCAAUGUCCCUUUCUAAAAAGGUCAUUUUGUGAGGGAGAAAUAAAAAUUGAAAGAUAUAUGGGUAGUUUUGAUUUUAUUUGGUA